AAUUUGUGAAAAUUUUUCUACACAAGGCGAGUCAAAUUCUUGCAGUUCUGUGUUUCAAAACAAAUUCCAGAAGAAAUAUUUGUUUUUUAGUUUUUAUUAAAUUAUAAAAUCUUUAAAUUUAUUAUUUUCAAUUAAAAAAAUAAACAAUGGCAAACGGAAAUGAUAUAAUUGGAUAUCUUUUUGCGGCAUCAGUUGCUGCUGGUGGCAUAAUGGGUUAUGUCAAAGCAGGUUCUCUACCUUCACUUGGAGCUGGAAUUGCAUUUGGAGCUUUGUUAGGAGUUGGCGCUCAAAUGAACUCACAAAAUCCACCAAGACCUUUGCUUCAAUUGGGUACUUCAAUUGUUUUGGCCGGAAUUAUGGGUUCGAGAUGGAGUCGUUCGGGCAAAAUGAUGCCUGCCGGAAUGAUUUGUAUUUUGUCAUGUGCCACCAUUGUUCGUAAUCUUGUCGUGUACAAUAAGCAUUUGCCACUUUUGGGUGGAAAGCAAUCAUAAAUCAUAUAAAAGUAUUUUGGUGCUUCCGGGAUUUGAGUGUGUUUGAAUGAAAAAACACUUAAAUUGUUUCGAGGAGAGAACAAGUAACAACUUCUAAGUUUUAUAUACAUUUUUUCGAUUGGUGGUAGGAAUUUAUUUUUCAUUGUUACCGCUGUUACAUAAAUAAAGUGAUAAGAAAAAAAUUUGUCA